AAACAAAUUGUCACGUUUUAUUACCCUCCUCUUGCCGCCUAUCACUCCAGUCCAGCAGGUGGCGCUAAGACACAUUCAGUUAUUCGCCAAACACCUUUAAACCUCAGAAGAAGAAGAUUUAUUUUACCCCGUUCUCUGUUGUUUUGUUGUGAUACUUGUUUAAUACCUGUAAUAUUCUUGUCCUCAAAAGUCGUGUCUAAGUUUUGAAGCAAGCAAUAUCUGGAGGAGUAUCAUCUGAAAUGAGAUCUGCUGCUGUGAAAAUGAUGUUCGUUAAAGAAGAGAGAGAAGAGAACAUGAGUGAACCAGAAACCUGGAGGAUAAAACACGAGGAACCAGAAACCUGGAGAAUAAAACACGAGGAACCAGAAACCUGGAGAAUAAAACACGAGGAACAAGGAGGCCUGAUGAAAAUGAAAGAAGAAAGACAAGAUCUGAAUGAGAUGGAGGAGAAAUAUCAGGAUCAGAAAGAUUGUGAUGUCAAUGGAGAAAAAUCUUGCAGCAUUAAAAAACCAGAAGUCAAAGGGCCUUUUAGUUGCUCUCAGUGCAGAAACACUUUCACAUGUAACAGAAAUCUUAAGGAUCACAUGUUAAUUCAUGCUGGAAUAAAGGCUUUCAGCUGCACUCGAUGUGGAAACACAUUCAGACAUAAAGCAAGCCUUGAGAACCACAUGUUAAUUCAUGCUGGAGUAAAGCCUUUCACCGGCACUCAGUGUGGAAAGAGUUUUACACAGAAAGGACAACUUGAUUAUCAUUUGGUAACUCCCACUCUAGAAAAGCCUUUCAGCUGCUCUCAGUGUGGAAAGAGUUUUACACAUAAAGCAAGCCUUAGGAGGCACAUGUUUAUUCAUGCUGGAAGAAAGCCUUUCAGCUGCUCUCAGUGUGGAAUGAUUUUUACAAAGAAAGGACAACUUGAUUAUCAUUUGGUAACUCACACUCUAGAAAAGCCUUUCGUCUGCUCUCAGUGCGCAAAGACUUUUACAUGUAAGAGAAAUCUUAAGGAUCACAUGUUAAUUCAUGCUGGAAUAAAGCCUUUCAGCUGCACUCGGUGUGGAAACACUUUCAGACAUAAAGCAAGUCUUAAGAACCACAUGUUAAUUCAUACUGGGAUCAAGCCUUUCAGCUGCUCUCAGUGUGGAAACACUUUCAGACGUAAAUCAAGCCUUGAGAACCACAUAUUAAUUCAUACUGGAAUAAAGCCUUUCACCUGCACUCAGUGUGGAAAGAGUUUUACAAUGAAAGAACAACUUGAUUAUCAUUUGGUAACUCACACUCUGGAAAAGCCUUUCACCUGCACUCAGUGUGGAAAGAGUUUUACAAAGAAAGGACAACUUGAUUAUCAUUUGGUAACUCACACUCUAGAAAAGCCUUUCACCUGCUCUCAGUGUGGAAAGAGUUUUACAAAGAAAGGACAACUUGAUUAUCAUUUGAUAACUCACACUCUAGAAAAGACUUUCGUCUGCUCUCAGUGUGGAAACACUUUCAGACAUAAAGCAAGCCUUAGGAGGCACAUGCUAAUUCAUGCUGGAAUAAAGCCUUUCACCUGCACUCAGUGUGGAAUGAGAUUUACAAAGAAAGGACAACUUGAUUAUCAUUUGGUAUCUCACACUCUAGAAAAGCCUUUCACCUGCACUCAGUGUGGAAAGAGUUUUACAUGUAAGAGAAAUCUUAAGGAUCACAUGUUAAUUCAUGCUGGAAUAAAGUCUUUCAGCUGCUCUCAGUGUGGAAAUACUUUCAGACAUAAAUCAAGUCUUAAGAGGCACAUGUUAAUUCAUACUGGGAUAAAGUCAGCUGCUCUCAGUUUGGAAAGACUGACACAGAAAGGACACUGCAAGGUUCCUUUGGUUACUAACUCUUCAUUAAAGCCUUGCACAGUUUUUCUGAAUGGCUGUUGAGUGUGGAAUCAUAGUCGUCUUCAUCCUCACAGCCGAUGAAAUCUGAUUGGACCCGGACAGAAAUCAUGUUCAUGGAUGAGCUAAUGAUUUAUUAACAUAAUAGAAUGAAGCAGGGUGAAGCUGAAAGCUGUCGAAGCGAGAUGAUGCCGCUGAACGAACUUGAUACAAGUACAGCUCGAAAGAAGCGGAGCUUUAUUAUGUCACAGUCGACCACGUCAGCUACUUCCAGUCAUCCGAAUGUGGAGUAAAGCAGCGCUGUUUUAUCAUACUAGAUACAUUUGAAAGUUCUGUUAUAAUGCUACUCUGUGUCUAUUAAAACAUGCAACAUAUUAAA